UUUCUCCUUAUGCUAAGGUUUCAGUCAGAGACGAGAACAGGCAGCUAUGGCUGUCACAAGCUUGGCUCCUCCAUGGAUCAUCUUGCGACAAACUUUCCGGUCAGUCGCAGCAUCUUCUUAUCUUCACUCAAAUCACAAAACCCUAAUCUCAAAUCUCUCUAUUCCCGCUUCGUUUCCUCUCCGACAUUCAGCUUUGAGAAGAUGUUACAUUGCAGAAGCUAUAAAAGGAGAUGUAGAUUUUCUACUCAAAGGAGUUGGAGACCAAGCUGUUGCCAAAGAAGUCAAGCAAAUUCUUGAAAUGGCGAGACGGGCAGCAUCAAAAAGAGAAGUUCUUCAUACAGAUUUUCUCACACCACCUAUUGUUAAGGAAUCAGUUUUAGUAUUGGGGAAAUUUGCUGAUGUUAAGAUAGUUGCUCAAGGAGGUUACCCUGAGGCUGAGCGGUGUAGGAUCUCGAUUGGACAUCCUGAUGUUCUAACUAAUGAUCCAGAUAUAGUUGCUGCUUUGAGUAUCACUGGGAAUUUCGGGUUUCAACCUUGUUCUCAUGGUGACUUCCUUGGUGCGAUUCUUGGCACGGGAAUUUCCAGGGAAAAACUUGGGGAUAUCUUAAUUCAGGAAGAAAAGGGUGCCCAAGUCCUGAUAGUUCCUGAACUAGUUGACUUUGUUGUUUCCGCUCUUGACAAGGUUGGAAAUGUUGGUGUAACUUGUACUAAGAUACCUUUGCUUGCUCUUGAAUAUGAACCGCCUAGGACUAAUUCCUUUAAAACUGUGGAAGCCUCGUUGAGAAUUGAUGCAGUAGCUAGUGCUGGUUUCAAGAUUUCGCGGUCAAAGCUAGUUGAUCUGAUUAGUAACAAGGACGUUCGGGUUAACUGGGCAACCGUUACCAAGAACGGAACCACAGUGAAGACCGGUGAUGUUGUCUCCGUUAGCGGAAAAGGGAGACUUAAGAUUGGAGAGAUCAAUGAAACGAAGAAAGGGAAAUUUGCAGUUGAAAUCAUCAGAUAUCUUUAGAAAGAAAGCUGUAACAAAUUAUCAAUUAUUCUUUUUCUUCUUUUAUAAUUUUACCUUUAUUUUUAUCUGUUCUCGUUUCUUCGUGUGUUGACAUUUGUAUAAUCAUAGCAAAAUCAGAUUAAUGAGUUAAUCUUGAUUUUUUGUGAUCAAAAA